AUGGGCUGGGGUGGCAAGGGGAAAGGUCACUGGCAUCACCACCACCAUCACGGUGGUAUCGGUGGUGUGGUGGCUGAGGCUGCCCUGGUUGGAGGAGCUGCCAUCGCUGGAGCUGCAGUUGCCACUGCUGUUGCUGGCCCUCGAAAGCCGCCCCCGCGCAGAGAAGUGGUCGUCGUUCCGAGCGCUGUGCCAGCGCCAAUUGUGGUGGAAGUCCCGCCGCCCAGGCCUGCGCCCGUGGCACCUGUGGUAGGUGUUCUCGCCGGCGGUGCGGUUGGUGCCGUUGCUCUGGGACCUGCUGGGGCUGUCGUAGGCGCCGCCGUGGGCGCAGCAGCCACAAGUCCUCCACCGGCGGUUGUAGUGGCACAGAAGGGCAAGGGUAAAGGAAAAGGCAAAUGGAAAGGGCCGGUUGCUGUGGAAAUGCCUCCGCUCGCCGUGGCAGCCAUUGGCAUACCGCCAGCAGCAAUCGAGCAGCGGAGUGGGGUGACGUACUUCGGAGUCGAGGUCAUGCCAGAGGUCGGUGCCACCUACCGGGUUCAGCGGAGGUACAAUGAGUUCGAUUCCUUGAAAGAUAGACUCGCCAGGAUUGCGCGUGGAUCGAUGAUUGAGCAUGGCUUCCCCCCGAAGCACAUGUUCAGUUGUGAGGGCGCCAAGCUGGAAGAACGACGACGUGGCCUGGAGCAGUGGCUUAAGGGUGCGCUGAACCAUCCGAACGGACGAGGCGCUUGGUGCUUGGAACUUCGCGACUUCCUGGAGGUUGGCAAGAACCGUGUUUGCAGAUAUGGACUACGGUGA